AUGGGCGGUUUUACCAAGGCGGACGUAACCAGAGCUGUCAAGGUGUACGAGGACCUGAGGACAAAGCCAGGGUGGGCUGAGGAGGGCCGGGGUUCUGGGGAGGCUUUGUUCCCGCCCUCUCUUCUCCGGGUCCUUCUCCUGGACCGCUGCGGAUCAGAAAGAACGGGGAGUCCUCUGGAGGCGGGGCUGAGCCGCGGUGUCAGCUGCCUGAGGUUUCAGCAGCUGCCUGCCUUCCCGGAGCCGUGGCUCCAGCCUGGUGCUCCCGGCUCCCGCAGCUGGGGAGAGCAGGGGACAAGCUUUGCCUUCCCGCUGCUAUUCCAGGGGUACGACGUGGGUGGGGAGGCCAUGUGA